AUGGCCAUCGUGGUGCAGCUGCCAGAGGGCGAAGCCCGCUUCGUUGCGGUCGACCUGGAGUUCUUUGCACGUCCUCUUGGGGAAGUUGCCGGCCGGGUAAGGCGCACAAUCGAACAAGUCAUGAGGUCCUCUUCUGAUCAGGUGGAUGAGAAACAGAUGGAGAUGGAGGAGCUUUCUUCCGCAUUUCCGGAUUUUCGCCUGGACGAGGACGAGGAGGACGAGGAUGACGAGAAUGGCGAGGAUGACGAGGCUGUAGAUUGCCGGAUACUCUUUCAAGGCCGAGAUCUUGAGCUGGAGCCCUUUGGCGUGCGGAUCGAGUCGGGUCGAGAAGGCAUCCAGGGCAUUGGAAGCAGGCAAGCUUUGCACUGUACGAUUGGUUUUCCGACUGCUGGGCGUUUGCUUGGCGCAAAGGAGGUUUUGGCUCAGUGCUUCGAUCGCAAAAAGGAGGUGGAGCACAUCAAGGAAUGGCUCGAGAAGAAGAAACGCGAGGACGAACUCGUGAACCUCUUGACCGGUGAAGGUCCUGAGCUCCCCAAACCGACGUCCGAAACAGACAGCGUAGACCCUGAGUACUUGCGCAAACUCAAGCGAUCAGCAGCAUCGAGACCCGGUUUGGUGAGUCAAGGACCUUCAAAACGGAGCAGCUCAAAGCAUAGCGUUCGGACAGUUUUCGUGCAGUUGUUUCCCUCUCACAUAGUUUUCACUUUCAUACAGGUUUAA